ACUUAAAGAGAUUAUUAGCACAGACUCAUUCGGGUGUCACACUGCUACAGACAUGUCAGACGUCAAGUCAAUCAUCUUUGAGUAUGAUUACAAUGAUACCGGCCACGACAAUUACACACCCUACGUUGUGGAUCCAAAGACGUUACCAUGUGAGAUUAAACCACUGGCUCCUGCAGCGGCUGUGGCGCUGUGUCUCAUCCUGAUAGCCAUCUUUUUCCUGGCGAUAUCGGGGAACCUGUUAGUGGGGUGGGUGAUCAGCACCAGCAGACAGACUCUGACUCCGUCCGACGUGUACUUGUUUCACCUGACCAUCGCAGACGGUCUGAUGGCCCUUACGCUCCCUUUCUGGGCCGUCGCUCUGAUCAAUGGAUGGAUCUUUGGAGACUUUAUGUGCAAAGUCCUUAGCCUCGUCACUGAUGCAAACUUCUACACCAGCAUCCUCUUCUUGGCCUGCAUUAGCGUUGAUCGUUACCUCGUCAUCGUGCGCGCCAGCGAGAGUCUCAGGAGUCGUCAGAGGAUGUGCAGCCGGCUCCUGUGUGCAGCAGUGUGGGCCUUCGGUUCGGCCCUCGCUCUGCCCGCGCUUUUCAACGACGCCUUCAAGCUGGACUCCGACAGCGAGAGGAUGGUUUGCUCUGAGCACUUUGACAUCGGCAGCGCCACCUCAUGGAGGAGGGCCACUCGUGGGUUUCAUCACAUUUUUGGCUUCUUGCUCCCUUUGAUCAUCAUGGUCACCUGCUACAGCAUCACCAUCGCAAGGCUUCUGCGCACACGAGGUUUCCAGAAGCACCGCGCCAUGAAGGUGAUCAUUGCUGUGGUGAUUGCGUUUCUGCUGUGCUGGGCGCCGUACCACAUAACCAUGAUAGUGGACACGCUCCUGAGGGCCGAUCUCAUAACGUUCGACUGCGCUUUCAGGAGAGCGUUGACCCUGGCGUUGGUUAUAACCCACAACCUCGCUCUGUUCCACAGCUGCAUCAACCCCGUCCUCUACGCCUUCGUGGGAGAGAAAUUCAGGAAUAAUAUGACGCGGCUUCUUCAGAGGAAGGCCCGGCAGGAGAGGAUGUCAGGGUCAAAGUUCAGCAGGUCGACGUCUCAGACCUCAGAAGGCAGCGGAGCUGUUCUCUGAAGUCUUAGUGGACUUUAAAAAUUACGUUUAUCAUCAUGUGUUUUCCCUUUUUUGUGAGAGAGGAAGUUACACACAUUUAGUGUCACUCAUUGUCUACUUUUGAUGUGUGGUGCACUGCUGCCACCUUUUGAGUGUACUGUUGUCCGCUAGAAAAACCUUUCAGCCUCAGAGAUGAUCAAGUCCAUGUUCCUUUUUCUUAUCAAUUUCCAUUUUCCGUGCUUGAGAGUGGACCAUUCUUUGGAUUUUCUUUUCAGUAUUUUUAACCAAAGAAUCUUGGAGAGAUUCAAUCCUUCGCUUUCGCAUUUUUUUAAAUCAUCUUGCUCAUGUUUUGUGUAGUAAUUUAUAUAUGCUAUAAAAUGUGUAUAAACUGUAAAUCCCACAGUGUUGUUUUAGUAAAAGUCCAGAAAUGUUUGAAAUGAUAUUCUCAAUUCAUUAUUACAAAUAAAAGGCUUUG